GUGUUUUGCUUGAAGUGAGAUAACUCCUCCUCCUCCUCAUUGCACAGGGAGCAGUUGGCGUGCUCUGCCCCCUCCUGUCAUGUCCAGGAGUGAAGAGGGAUAGCCUGUGGGUGUGAAAAGCUAGCCUCCGGGUUAUCAGUCAGCUUGCUGAGGUCACAUUUCCCGGGAAGGAGGCCUUAGGUCUGCAGUAGAGCCCCAAGUCUGUGCAAGAAAUUGAGUGUUCCAGGGUUCCUAUCAUUAGUUUGUAGUUAACAACUGAACGAAAGAAAUAAAGCCUGAGAAUGGCCCAGAAGGGGAAUCCGUAGUCAGGUGAGGAGCCGCAGCUCCCUUGACCUAAACGUGGAAUUCACAGGCAGCAAAGUGACUUGGAAAGUCACACAGGGUGUUUCUAGAGAAACAGAUUGUUCUCUCAGUCACUGGUCCCUCUUAGUGAUUGAAGUUGAGUGUAAAGACUUAAGACACUUGUUCUUUCUGCCUGAGAAAGACCUUCCUAAGGGAAUACAGAUGGUCCCCAGACAGGAUUUGUCUACUUCAUGAUGGUGCAAAAGCUGUAUGUUUGGUAGACACCAUGCUUUGAGUUUUGAUCUUUCCCUGGCCUGGGUAUAUGUGUAUGAAAGACACUCUGAUUCUGGGCAGUGGCAGCCCCGGCCAGUCACGGUCUCGAAGGUCAGCAACCCAGACUCCACAGAAUGUGUGGAAGGUGCUUUUUGACUAGUCGGUCAAGGAGCAUCUGUCGUCUUUUGGGAGGUAAUACCCUCAGGUUGUUCAGGAGAGAGUGGCUGUAGGGCCACAGGCCCCGGAUUGCUGGGUGGCCAUCUUGUGGUCACGGCUGGAGCGCAUCCCGGUGUGAGUGUGGUCGGCCGGGGAGGUGGUGGGGGAGAAGGGCACUAGAGAAGCCAGGGGUAAAUGUUUGCACUUCUGCCUGAUGUGGGCCCAGACGGAAAGUUAGUGUGACCGAGAGCAGGAAGUACGGAGCACCCUGGCUGCUGGGAGUGGGUAGGGGAGACCGUGCUGAGCCGUCCGAGCACUGUGGGGUCUGGCGGGAGUUUGGGUACAGUCCUAGCAGGGGCCACGAUUCAACUCCUGAAAUAAGAGUCAGAGCCUGUGACGGGGGGUUAAGAAAUAGCAUGGUCUUUGGUCUACAGCUAGGGCCACUAAAACUUUUGCUGGAGUUUAUUGAAUGUUGUGAGGUUCCAAAAUGCACCUGAAAUGUGGAAGAACAAAACUUGUUGCUGGGAAAAAAAGCCUAAACCUAAAAAACAGAUCCAAGUCAACAGAUAAUCUCACUUUAAGCCAGAGGGAGUGUUUGGAAUGAACGUACGUGCUGUCCGGAAACUGGUGAAGAUUAGGCUGAACGAGAUUGCAUUUUCCAUGGAGUGACUCCCUUGGCCAAACGUAUCACUUUCUAGGGACGCGUGGGUGUGUGGAUAACUAGGAUGUCAAUUGUUUCCGUCUUCGAUGGCCCUUUCCUUUCAGGGGGAAAGAAAAGUAACAUGUGUGAGUGAUAGCUGACCACUAAUAUGACCUCUGGAGAGCCCACAGCGUAGUUUGUGGUUUCUCUUCGGGAAGAUGAAGGAAGUAAAAGGAGGAACUGGAUUAUUGUCUUUAGUUUCAUUGCAUAGUACGUCUCAGAGUUCCCUGUGCCCUUCCCGGUAUGGAGGUGAGCAGCAGCGUCGCCAUGUUGGUGCCAGACAUUGGGGAACAGGAAGCUCUAUUGACGGCCGACACUGUCAUCAGUUCUUCACUGGAAAUUGAUGGACAAAGUUCAGCUAAAACAGAUCCAUUAAUCCAUGUUAUCCAGAAGUUGAGCAAGAUAGUGGAACAUGAAAAGUCACAAAAAUGUCUUUUAAUUGGGAAGAAGCGCUCACGUUCAAGUGCUGGGACGAGCUCUCCCGAAGCCCAGGAGCUCGGUGAGAUUCCAGCGAAAGGAGCCCCGCCCCCUGUUGCUGACAUCAGAAGGGCCGAGCCGUCGCCAAUCCCUCUCGGCCCGGACCCUCUCGCCCAGAACGAUGGGAAGGCGAUGUCUUACCAGUGCAGCCUCUGCAAGUUCCUGUCCUCGUCUUUCUCUGUGCUCAGGGACCACAUCAAGCAGCACGGCCCGCAGAAUGAGGUGAUCCUGAUGUGCUCCGAGUGCCACGUCACGUCCAGAAGCCAAGAGGAGCUCGAAGCCCACGUGGUGAAUGACCACGAAAACUAUGCCAGCGGCCCCACGCCACCCAAAGCCGAACCGAGCGUGAGCCCCUCCAGCUCCGUGUGUCUGAGACCCACAGAGCAGAAGCGCGAGGGCACUCCCGACCUCUCCGUUAGCGUGCGCAGUCCACAGGCGCAUGUCAUCCCCGCCACCCCCGCCUCCGAGAAGGACAGGGGGAGGAGGAAGUGGUACGCCUACGAACAGUACGGCAUGUACCGGUGCUUAUUCUGUAGCUACACGUGCGGGCAGCAGCGAAUGUUGAAGACGCAUGCUUGGAAGCAUGCCGGGGAGGUGGACUGCUCCUACCCGAUAUUUGAAAAUGAGAACGAGCCCCUGGGCCUGCUGGGCUCCUCCGUGGCGGCUGCACCAGGCGGGGUCGAUGCCGUGGUCAUCGCCAUCGGAGAGAACGAGCUGAGCAUCCACAACGGGCCGGCGGUCCAGGUGCAGAUCUGCAGCUCAGAGCCUCUGUCCUCGGCGUCGGCCCUGCCGGGUGCGGAGCGAGACGCGGGUCUCGGCCGGUCGGGGGCCCUUGGGCCCCACGAGGAGGACAUGUUGGAGGUGAUCUCGGACGCGGAGGAGAGUCUGAUGGCCGACAGCCUCCUCUCGUCGGCACAGAAGAUCAUCAGCAGCAGCCCCAACAAGAAAGGGCACGUGAACGUGAUCGUGGAGCGUCUGCCCGGCGCCGAGGACACCGGGUCGCAGAAGCCUUUCCUCGUGAAUGCUGCGCUGGAGGAGGGGGGCCUCCCGGCCCCUCCAGGGCCCCCGGCAGGCUGUGAGGGGAGAGAGGAGGCCUAUCGUGCCAAUCAGUGUACCGUGGACAUCGGGGGGCUGAUCAUAGGCUGGAGCAACACAGAGAAGAAGGAGAGCGAGCUGAUCCAUCAGGGACUGGCCCCUGAUGAGAACGCCCCCCCGGGCCGAAGGAGGACGAAUUCCGAGUCCCUUAGGCUGCACUCGCUGGCGGCAGAAGCCCUGGUCACAAUGCCCAUCAGAGCCGCCGAGCUCACGAGAGCCAACCUCGGGCACUACGGGAACGUCAACCUCUUAGACCCAGACACCGGGCAGAGACAGGUGGAUAGCACCUUGGCGGCCUAUUCUAAAAUGAUGUCACCACUUAAAAACGCUUCAAAUGGACUAACGAGUUUUAACCAAAGCAGCUGCCCCUUGGUGGCACUCCCGGAGGGCAGGCAGGAGCUGUCCGACGGGCAGGCGAAGACGGGCAUCAGCGUGUCCUUGCUCACUGUCAUUGAGAAGCUGCGGGAAAGGACGGACCAGAACGCCUCGGAUGAGGACAUCCUGAAGGAGCUGCAGGACAACGCCCAGUGCCAGCCCAGCGGCGAGGCCGGGCUGUCAGGCGGCGGCGUGGUGGAGUACAUCCCCAACGCCGAGCGGCCCUAUCGCUGCCGCCUCUGCCACUACGCGAGCGGGAACAAGGGCUACAUCAAGCAGCACUUGCGGGUCCACCGGCAGAGGCAGCCCUACCAGUGUCCCAUCUGUGAGCACGUGGCCGACAGCAGCAAGGAGCUGGAGAGCCACAUGGUGCACCACUGCAAGGCCCGGCUGUACCAGUGCAAGCGCUGCGCCGAGGCCUUCCCCUAUAAGAGUCAGCUGAGGAGCCAUGAGAGGGAGCAACACAGCCUUCCAGAUCCCCUGUCAGUCGUGGCUUCUGCUGAGCCCAGGAUUCCCAGGGACAGCGCUGAGGCGAAGUGCGCCCAGGAAGAGAAUAAGUCUUCAGUCCAGAAACAGUACAGAUGCGACGUGUGUGAUUACACAAGUACAACAUACGUUGGUGUCAGAAACCACAGGCGGACCCACAACUCGGACAAGCCGUACAGGUGCUCUCUGUGCGGGUACGUGUGCAGCCACCCGCCUUCCCUGAAGUCGCACAUGUGGAAGCAUGCCAGCGACCGCAACUACAACUAUGAGCAGGUGAACAAGGCCAUCAAUGACGCCAUCUCCCAGAGCGGCAGGGUUCUAGGGAAGUCCCCUGGAAAGACUCUGUUAAACGGCAGUGAAGACGGAGCUGACCCUCCCACUGAGGGGGUGGACACUGUGGUGUCGUCCUCGGAGCCGGCUCCCCAGGCUCCCACCGAGCGUGAGAAACUGAGCCCUGCAAGUAACUCCUCGUGUCGCUUAGACAAGAACCCCGGGGCGGCCCCCCCGGGGAUGGAGUACUGCGUCUUACUCUUCUGCUGCUGUAUCUGUGGUUUCGAAUCUACCAGCAAAGAAAACCUGUUGGAUCACAUGAAGGAGCACGAGGGCGAGAUUGUCAACAUCAUCCUGAACAAGGAGCCCAGCGCAGCUCUCAACACGAGCUAGACCCACGGGCCUGCAUCUCACCUCCUCAGACGCCCGGAGACACAGGAGGGGGACUGACAGGGGUGACUUUGGAACCAAAUGUGUAAUGUAAUCAGAGGAAUUCCACAUGGAUGAGCAGCAAUAAUAUUUAAGUAUUCUGAGGGAGGGGCAAUGGGUUGGGAGGAAGCAAAGAUGUGACCCGGCAUUGGCCUCUGUUACCUCUUGUUAGUGUUGAGUGUGUUUAUCACUAAAAGCUUAUUGCGGUCUGGAAACGCACGCAGAAGAGCUGAGAGAGGGUUUUUCAGGAACUGUCCUGGAACGAUUGCUAUGAAAGCAACAGUCUCAAGCAGGGCUUGGUUUUCUUCCUUUGCAGCGAGACAGCAUUCUACCUGCAUCUUCCCCAACGGAGAGGACGUGUCAGAUACUCAGUCUCAGAAACGUCGUUUAUCCUUCAAAAAAAGGAAAGAAAGGACACCUCUGAAUCUACCCCUAGAUGGUAAAUAGGCAUUUAAGGAGUAAAUGACUGUCUUAAAUUUACAGGGUUUCUUGUGGGCACUAGACUCAGCCAGACCUUGGGGUUCCUAACACUGUCUCAGCCCAGGGCAGGUGCUCCCCAGAGGUUCCGUUCGGGUCUGACGGGUCACCACGGGGUCUCGGCAGUUACACAGCCGUCUGCCCCUCUUCUGAACCAGUCCGAGCGUUUAGCUGGAAGAGUCUAUUAAAACAACAAAGUAUACAGAUUUGCACUUGAUCAUCAGACCUUGGAAGUAGUUUGAUCUCUCUUUUUUUAAUAGUUUGACCUCUUAAAUAAUAAUCAUUUGGGGGAAGAAGGGUGAGAUCAAGAAUCCCUUAAAAUGAGGGCUUUGAGGUUUUUCUUUCCUGGAGUUCAUUGAUUUAGUUACACUUAACGUAAGAGAUGUAACCACAUGUGGCUAAAAUGUGAAAAUUCGGGUUUCUAAAGCUUUUGAUAACAAAUAACAUUUGGCAAGUCUGCAGGGUUUCUCCUUUCUAAAAAAUUCCUCCUGUGGGCUUUUGCUUUAGAACACGCCGUCAAAUAGAUGUGACUUCUCAUUUUUUACACGUUUUGUAUUCACGCGUUUCCCAGUCGAGAGGACGGGUGUUGUGUUUCGCGUUGGUGUUUUGAUCGUUUGCUUACGCCUUGUUUGGUGAAGUGAGCUGUGCCCAUAGUUGGAGGCGGUGCCUGCGGGCCGCCUCCUGGUGCUCUUCCUGAACGGCUCCUGCCCUGGCGCCGGUCAGCGGGAAACAGGGAGGACAGGUUUUGAAUGUGAUGCUCACGUUUUAGGGAAGAAUGCUCUUCCCGAAGUCCAGGUGUGACCUGAACGAGUUAGCAUUUCUAAGUAGCAUUAGGAACUAUUUCAGUGGGGCCAGGCAUCAUUUCAUUUUCCUGAUGACUUAACACACAGAAUGGAUGGAAGCUGUAAGUUACUUAGGAAAGUUCCUCCAUUCCUGAUGUGUGGAUCUUACAAAGGUAAAACAAAUUUACUUACCGUAAAUUCUGUUCCCCAGGUCCACUGCAUGUGGAUCUAUAGUCAUUUCCUCCUGUUUUCAGAAUUUCGUUUCAUUUCAAAUUCAAAUAAAAUAUUUUAAAUAGUUCCAUUAUUAUCACUUAUGUUACCACUCAGUCCACUCCUCCAUUGCUUGUAGCUAUGACCCACUAUUUCUUUACAAAAAUCUCUGAUUCUGAAAAUUAACAACCUUGGAAGAAUUUUGUUUUAUAAAUUUCCCUUGGCUUUAAUUUUGUGUAAUCAUUUGGAAAAUACGAAUAACCAAAAAAAUCCCAACAAUUUCAACAGUGAAUUUUUAAAUUAUCUUUCAUUUCUUUAAACCACUUCCAUUGAUUGUUACUUAAAUUUUUCAUUUGAAAUCAUGGAUUUAAAGUAUCCCUAGCUCGUGGGAUAAAAACUAGCCCAGAAGUUCAGUCUUUUAAUGUUCAUCUGGCCUAGACAAUCCUCAGAAGCUCUCUCCUGGCCUGUAGGGGGAACCACAUACCCAAGGCAUUCUCCUUACUGGUUUGUGGUCAGCCUUAAAUACCCUCCCAGAGACAAUGGAGUGUUUCUAAAGACGAAACACGCCGUGGUAAUUGAGGAAGAGAUAGGCAUUCAAGUAACCAGAAGGAGUCCGCUUUCUAGGAGUAACAUCUUAUUUACUGGCUCUGACCUGUUGCCAUACAAGACCUUUUGUUCUCCACUCUGAACACUUGAUAAUUCUAAGAGUUGAUAGUGAAAAUAGUUUUUCAAAUAAACUUACUGGAUAAGGCAACGGUGGGGAGGGGAAGGUGAUGCAUGUGCCCAUUAUAAGUAACACUUUUCAGGGCUCCACUGUUUUCUCUUUCUCUAAUAAUCCAGAACACACUGGCCGGGCUCCGAAGUGCCAACACUCCGCGAUCGGGAGGCACCACAUGGUAGUGACACUUGUACAGCCUUUGCCCAGGUCUUGCAUCCUGUUCGAGGGGGCUCUCUGUGGCCGAGUGUCAUUUCUCUUUCCUCACAGAGCAGGGGAGGGCAUCCACGUUUACAGUGCAUCUCCUGCAGUGUACGAGGCUUGGCAAAGACGAGCAGACUCCCCUGGUGAGACUCGGUAUAUUUUCAGUUUUCAUAGUCACUUAUUUAACCUUUUUUUUAUUGUACAGCAAGGUGCUCUAAGUCAUAUUCUAUAAAAUAUAUUUAAUAGAAAUUUGAGUUUGCUAUUCAAGGACAUGAAUACAUGUAUUUUUUUAAGAAAUGAGUAUUGUGUAACACUAUAGCAUUGCUUCUAUAGCCAAAGUCCGAACAUUUCUGGAACACUGACAUGGGAAGACUACAGUUCAUCCUGACAAUGUGUAAAAUGGGAUGGUUUGCAUUUUGUGAAAUUAUCCUGCACAGCGAGCUGCAUGCCUUAAUGCCCGAAACUCCAGGGUUGUGUUCACGGCAGAACAGCUUGCCCGCUCACCAGUGAGGCAGGGCUGCCGUGCGCCAGCUGCCUUCGGGAAUACUGUACAAUGUUAGAAUAAUUUAUUUUGCUUUAUAGAAAUUUGUCAUGUAUUGACUUUAAUACUGUAUUUUGGUAAUAAACUUUUUGUUAAAAA